AUGUCUAUGUCCUCGGAGCCGCUGAGCUGCUGUGAGAUAGAUAGAUAGAGGAGCUGAGGGAGGUGUGCGCGUCCUCUCUGCCUCUCUGCCUUGCAUAGGACUCAAGUUUGCACUUCACACCGGCAUCUCUCUGCUCCACACACCGCGGCGGGCACCGAGGACGGCAGAGAUGUUGGUGAAGGGAGCCACCGGGAAUAAAAGUGCCAACUGCCAGGAAUGGAGUGGAGAGCAGCCCAGGGAUGGAGCUGGCAGCUGGAGCAGGACUUUGCCCAGUGCGCUGGCUUUGGUGCUCUCUCUCUUGUCCUUGGCAUCCUGUGUGUACCUGAAUGUAAAGAGCGCUGACCUGGAGGGCAGGAUGUGGGCUCUGGAGCAUGGCAAGUCAGGGGACAUCUUCACUGUGCCUGGAUUAUCCGUGGAUCAGCUCAACUCCAUAGUGCAGGAGAAGGUGGACCGGCUACUGUCCCAGAGGUCAUAUGAACACAUGGCGAAACUCCGAAUCUCCAGAGAAGCUCCGGCAGAGUGUAACUGCCCAGCAGGUCCACCUGGGCAAAGAGGCAAGAGGGGCAGAAGAGGAGAACCAGGACCUCCUGGUCAAGCUGGGCCACAGGGUCCUCCUGGUCCAAAGGGUGACAAGGGAGAUCAAGGUGAUCAGGGCCCUCGGGGUUUGCCAGGCUACCCCACAAUGGCUGCUCUCCAUAGUAAUCAGAUCCUCACUGUCAAGGGUGAUCAAGGACAGGCAGGGCCACCAGGCCCACCAGGGCCUCCUGGACCACCAGGUCCCAGGGGUCCCCCAGGUGACACUGGUAAAGAUGGACCUAGAGGAUUAUCUGGAGUUCCAGGGGAACCAGGAAGACCAGGUGAACAAGGUUUAAUUGGUCCAAUGGGGCCUCCUGGACAAAAGGGUUCCAUUGGAGAGCCUGGAGCUGCAGGACUUGAUGGAGAGAAGGGGGAUCAAGGUACACCUGGUCUAGAUGGCAUUCAGGGGAUGAAGGGUGAUCAAGGAGAAAAUGGGGAGAAGGGUGACAUGGGGGAAAGUGGCCCUAAAGGUGACCCAGGAGAAAAGGGUGACCCAGGAUCCUCUGCUGCUGGCAUAAAGGGUGAACCUGGAGAAUCAGGCCGUCCAGGGAUAAAGGGUGAACCAGGACUGCCUGGGCUACCUGGACUUCCGGGAAUAAAGGGAGAACCAGGAUUUCUUGGCCCUCCUGGAGAACCUGGACUACCGGGUUUACCAGGAACAAAGGGAGAGCGAGGUGAACUUGGACCUCCAGGAAGAGGGGAAAGAGGUCUCCAAGGAGUACCAGGUCCAAAGGGAGAAACUGGUGAACCUGGAAAUAGAGGCCCAAAAGGGUCAAAGGGAGAAUCUGGAAGCAGGGGUGAUCAAGGUCUUUCUGGUCCCAGAGGACCCCCAGGGCAAAAAGGCGAUCAAGGAGCUACGGAAAUCAUAGAUUACAAUGGAAAUAUUCAGGAAGCAUUGCAGGGACCUCCUGGACCCCCUGGGCCACCUGGCUUGCCUGGAUCAAAGGGAGAGGGGGGCCCUGUUGGACCUCCAGGAGUUGAUGGGGAGCAGGGGCCUAAAGGUUCAAAGGGAGACCGUGGAGAAACUGGCAUUCCAGGAGAGAAAGGAGGAAUUGGUCUACCUGGGCUGCCUGGAGCGAAUGGAUUAAAAGGCGAAAAGGGAGACCAUGGUGCACCUGGACCUCAUGGAGCUUCUAUCAUAGGUCCUCCUGGUCCACCAGGUCCUCAUGGGCCCCCAGGCCCUAUGGGACCACAUGGACUUUCAGGUCCAAAGGGUGAACCAGGGUUAAAUGGUCUAAAAGGAUUGAGGGGUGAGCCAGGUCAAAAGGGUGACAGAGGACCACUGGGUCUUCCAGGAGCAUCUGGCUUAGACGGAAAGCCAGGACCCAGGGGUACAGAUGGGCCAAUUGGUCCACCCGGUCCGGCAGGUCCUAAAGGUGACAGGGGAGAAAAAGGUGUUGUCGGUGAUCCAGGGCCUAGAGGACAAUAUGGUUUACCUGGCAAAGAUGGGGAGCCUGGUCUAGAUGGUUUUCCUGGUCCCCGCGGAGAGAAAGGAGACCCUGGAGAAAGGGGAGAAAAGGGGGAAAAGGGAAGGAAAGGCAAAAAAGGGCCUAAAGGGGAGAAAGGAGAACAGGGUGCCCCUGGAUUAGAUGCACCUUGCCCGUUGGGUUUCCGUGGAUUAAAGGGGGAAAAAGGGGAACCAGGUCAGCCUGGCCUGGAUGGGCUGGAUGCCCCUUGCCAAUUGGGACCAGAUGGACUUCCAAUGCCUGGUUGCUGGCAGAAGUGACAGAUCUAACCAUGCAAGCAUGAAGUUGUAUAUAAUCAAAACUUUGUAUUUAUAGAGAAAAACAAGAUGAUUUCAUAUGUUUACAAACACCUUCUUCUACUUGUCCAUUAGUUUAUCUUUUACCCACCUGCACAAGCUAUUUGGCAGUAGUCUUCGCUGCUGUUGAAAUCUCCAGGACUAAAGAGAUACCCUGUUUUUAUUGCUUUACUUGUACACACUUGUAGACAUGAUUCCAUUGAUCAUCUGGGACCAGUUCACCGGAUACACAAUGUCCAUCACAUUCUUCUGCCCAUGCCAAAUAGCAACGGUGGCUUGUGUCGUUUAACAUAUUUGUACAGACUAAUGGCUUGCAUGAAUUGUUUCUAAGAGUUUGCUGUGUGGUUGAACCUCACAUGCUAGAUGAAUGCUCAUUAUGGCUACUUUACUAGAACUCUUAAUAUCUGACUUUCAUCCAUUCUAAGGGAGUGACGCCAUGGCUUGUAGCAAGGAAGAGAUAAAGCUAACAUAAUGGAAACUUUGCUCAAAUUCGGAGAUCCAUCUAUAGAUGUUCAAUCUCCCACCGGGCAAGUCAUUCUUCUACUGAGGCAUAAAGGUCCUGAUUGUCUUCAGCAUCUUUUCAUUCCAUGCUACCCAAGGCCCCCCCCAGGAAGUAGAAGAUGGGCAUAUGAUGGCUACUGAAUAUGCCCCCUGUGAUUCAACAAAGUUUGGAGUUGAGUCGUGUAAAAGGCUUAGGCCUGUGGGAAUGGAGAAGCUCCGUUGAAGGAAUCGUCUUGUAGUCUUGUACUUAUACAGAACAGUCCUUCAUCUUGCUGGUUCUAAGAAGCGAAGCAGUUACGGAGAUCCUCCAUACAUAAUUGUAUGACAAGAGUUUGAUACCCACAGGUUUAAAGCGUAUAAACCUGUAUGACAGGAUCAUAUUCUAAAUUAUGUUCAUGUUUUUUAUUGUUAUUUUAUUAGAAUGUUUUUAUUACAUUCAAGAAAUGUGCUACAUAACUUUAUUACAAAAUGUUAGGAUUGCCAAAUGUUCUUGCUUUGUGCCACUGCCUAACAUGCUGAUAAUCUGUAAACAUGCCUUAUUUUUGCUAUUGUUAUACUCUUGUUCUGGAAGCCUUGCCGAAGCUUCAAUCUUUCGUAAGCGACUAGAUGUUGUGCAUAGAGCAGGUGCGCCAUUAUUGUGUCACUUCCGUUUAUCUACAUAUUCCAAGCAUAGGAAGUGGUCGAAAGGUUAGCUGCUUAUACAGUUAUAGAUGUAAUAUAUUAUUCAUCUCUGUCUAACUACUUGGUACAGAAAAAUGUUAUAUAUUUUUUGUUUUAUUCUACAUAAAAAAAAAAAAGUAAAAGAAAAAAAAACAUUGUGUUCACUGAAGGGAAAAACCUUUAUUUCUGGGCCCUGAAAUUUUAUAUGACCAUUCACAUAUAGAUGUAUAGGUCUGUAUUCAGAAUGUUACAUUAUUCUAUUCUAAAGCUGAGUUUAAAACACAAAAUGACUUUUUGGUAAAGUGACAAAAAUAACUUUUUGGUUUAUAUCUUGUGGCACCAGAGCAAGGCGGUACCAAGUCAUAUCCUUUGAUUUUUUGCAAUACUAUCAUUAUUAUUGUCUUUACGUUCAGAGAGAUAAUGAGCAAGGUAUAAUAUAAGUGUAUUCUGUGCUGCUAUAACUCUGUUCUGUAUAUAAGGGUUUAGUCCUAUCUUCUAGUUUAGACAAUCAGGGUUGUCAACCUGAAUAUUUCUUUUUUUCGUGAUGUUUUUUUUACUGACAAAUUGGAAAAUCAAAUACAAUUAUAAAGAUUAUUUCCCUAAAUAUUGAUAUAAAAGCAUUUGCUCUGAACUGUAAAAUGGUAAUAAUUAUAGUACCAAUUAUAGUCAUAGUUUCUCAUGGACACUGGAAAAGCGUCCCCUAUUUUUACAAAUAGGUUGACAAGGGUUGUCAAAUAGGUUGACAACCCUGAAGAUUAUCCAAAUAGGUUUUGCCUUCCUGUGUGGCAACAAUGAUAUCACAAAAGUUUAUUCUUCAUAGAUCAAGUAAAAUAAAUAAUAAUUUUCUAUAAUUUCCUAACAUUUUGCGAAAUUCUUAGUUUGAAACUUUUUCAUGUAAAGAAAUCAGUUUAGUCAGAAAAUGCCAAAUUAUAUUAUGAUCCUUAUUUGGCUCACUACUAUAUCAGUUCAAUGAUUUACGCAGUCACAUUUCUUAAUAUUCUGAUCUUACAAUUCUUAGCAGCUUUUUACCAUAAUUGAAAAUUAUUGGAACGUUCUGAUAUGUUACUCCUAUAUCGUGUGUAUGCAUCUACCAGAGGCAAACAAUCCGAUAGAGAGAAGGACUUUUCCAUUAAUAUUGGCUUUGCAUUGUAAUGUAGUCAAUUGUACUGUCAUUCUGUUUUUGCCCAGGGUUGUCCUGUUCUAUAGGUGCCCAAAAGCCAUUCUGCCAUAUAGGAAGUCACCAAAUAACAUAUGGUAGAUGAAGGGCACUGUUAAAGAUUUUGUAUUAGGGGUCAGGAGCUGUAUUCUAGAAAAAAAAUAUAUGUUCUGGAUGGCAGUAUAAUAUAAUAAAACAUACUUAUUUAUUAUUGAUCCCCAGCUGGUUGACAUUGCCUGUCACAUGGUAAAUGCAGUAAAAAUUCUCACUUAGUCAUUCACAGGCUGAGGCAGGUCACUACUGUGGCCAGUGAUUGGCAGAGCAGGCAUCUCCUAUGUGUCAGGAUGGAGACCAGGAACCAUUCUAUCAGAACGGUUUUCAUUUCUCAGGUUUAGUGUGGAACUUGUUGGAUCAUGAGUCUAGUUUUCAAAGUCCAGAUUAUGGCUUAGAGAGAAAAUUGCGUGGAUCUUUUGCAUAUCUUUAUGAAAAUACUGGGAGAUAAGCUGGAAAAAACAUUUGAUGGUAACAUUAAUUAUUAUAGAAGACAUUGCUGAUUAUUAAACAUGCUUUCAUGUGUGAAAUUUUGCUAUAAAUUUACACCCAUUUGUCUAACCAUUUGGCUUCGUCAAUGUGUCUCACUACACAUAACAUUCUACCGUUCCUAAAAAUGGUUUAUUUAGUAAUAUGUUCAUAAAAUAUUAGUUCACGACAGGGCUCAAGUCCUGCAGGAACGCAUGGGAACUGAGUUCCUGCACUUUUUUCACAACAGGAACACCAUUGCCAUUAGCAGUAAUUCUGCAGGAAUGGCCCUUGAGUAGAAAUCGAGUUCCUGCACUUUUUUUUCCCAGAACUUGACCCCUGGUUCACGAUCAAUAAAGGGGAUGCUGUGACCACAUAGGAGCAUAACAGUAUUAUAAAUGGUAUAGCUUCUGUUCAUGUCAUUAGUCUGCUUCUUUCCUAACUUUAGGAUAUUGUUUCAAUAAGCACUCAGAGUAGAUAAGUACUACUAAGCAGGGCUCAAGUUCUGUAGGAAUGCAUGGGAAGGAAGUUCCUGCACUUUUUUUCACAGAAGGAAUACUGUUCCCAUUAGCAGGAGUCCUGCAGGUUCAGCCCUUGAGGGGAAAUCUUGGGUAAGUCCCCACCCUUUUUUCCCAGGACUUAACCCCUGCUAAGAGUAACAUACAGUUCAAAUUCCCUCUACAUUAAAUUGGUUUUCUAGAAAACACUAUCCACAGCAAAAGGUAUGAAUACGGUAGUUGAUUGGUGCGGUUUUAAUCCCUUAAGGACCAAGGACGUAUGGGUACGUCCUUGGUCCCGCUCCCAUGAUAUAACGCGGGGUUACACGGUAACCCCGCAUCAUAUCGCGGCGGGCCCGGCGUCAUAGUGAAGCCGGGACCCGCCACUAUUAGCGCACGGCACUUAAAAACGAAAGUAAAAGUGCCCGGCUAGCUCACGGAGCUGUUUGGGAUCACCACGGUAUAAUCGCGACAUCCCGAACAGCUGAAGCACAGGAGGAGGUCUUCUUACCUUCUCCUGCGCUGUCCGAUCGCCGAAUGAAUGCUUCAAGCCUGAGAUCUAGGCUUGAGCAUUCAAUCGCCAAAAACACUGAUUGAUCCAUUCCUAUGGAGAUGCAUUGAUCAGUGUUAAAGAUCAGUAAAUGCAAUGUUAUAGCCCCUUAUGGGAGCUAUAAUAUUGCAUAAGAAAAGUGUAAAAAAAUCAUUAACCCUUUCAAUUAUCCCUUCCGCUAAUAAAAGUUUGAAUCACCUGGCAUUUCCAAGAAUAAAAAAAACACAGUGUAAAUAAAAAUAAACAUAUGUGGUAUCGCCGCGUGCAGAAAUGUCCGAAUUAUAAAAAUAUACUGCUUUUUAAACCCACGUUCAAUGGCGCACGCGCAAAAAAAUUCCAGAGUCCAAAAUAGCGUAUUUUUGGUCACUUUUUAUAUCAUGAAAAGAUGAAUAAAAAGCGAUUAAAAAGUCCGAUCAAUGCAAAAAUGGUACCGUUAAAAACUUCAGAUCACGGCGCAAAAAAUGAGCCCUCAUACUGCCCCAUACAUGGAAAAAUAAAAAAGUUAAAGGGGUCAGAAGAUGACAAUUUAAAUUUUUUCCAGAAGUACGACAAAAUCAAACCUAUAUAAGUAGGAUAUCAUUUUAAUCGUAUGAACCUACAGAAUAAAGAUAAGGUGUCAUUACUGAAAAAUGUACUACGUAGAAACGGAAGCCCCCAAAAGUUACAAAACUGCGGUUUUUUUUUUCAAUUUUGUCUCACAAUUAUUUUUUUUUCCAUUUCACCGUAUAUUUUUGGGCAAAAUGACUGACGUCAUUACAAAGUAGAAUUGGUGGCGCAAAAAAUAAGCCAUCAUAUGGAUUUUUAGGUGCAAAAUUGAAAGAGUUAUGAUUUUUUUAAAGGCAAUGAGCAAAAAACGAAAAUGCAAAAAUGGGAAAAACCCCGGUCCUUAAGGGGUUAACACCAAAAACCAACUCCACCGCUGAUUAGUUAGUCAGUGUCGACAGUAUACAAAGAACGGAGCCAAAAGUUGGCUUCAUUCCCUAUUUGGCAGUGCCACCAGGGUGCUGCAGCCUCAGCUCCUAUUGAAGUGAAUAGAAACUGAGGCUGCAGUACCCCAGCACCGUCACUAUACAGAGAACAGAGCCAACUGCUCCCAGCUCCAUUCUCAGUGCACUGACCAGAUCAACUAUUGAUAGCCUAUUCUUGAAAACUCCUUUGAAUAAAACUUUCCUAUAUAAAACUUAAAAAAAAUAAAGUUGAUAACCAAAUACAUGAUUGUAUGGACAUUGUAUAACAUUGUCUUCCUUUGUGAGCUGCCCCUACCCAAUUCAUACGUCUAGAUAUUACCCCAUAGUACUUUCUAUUUCCAGCCCACAUCUGUUUCCAAUUAUCCCAUAUAUAACAGGUCAAUCUAUGACUUCAUAUUGGAGAUAUGUAGGUUUAUAUUUAAGGAGUAAAAUGUUUAUUUUUAUCCAUUUGCCAAUACAGUUUUAUGACUUUAUUUCACUAUACUUUAACUAUACUUUACAUUUUUCUAUAUACUACUGUAUCCAAAAAUGGACAGAUAUGGAUUCUCAUUGUUGUUGUCUAGGAAUACAUAUAGGCUCCCAAAAUAUUUUAUUAAGAUUAACUAGAGUACAUCAUUGUUCCAACCUUGGUUUUCCCUACCCAUAUAAGCUAUCAUUUGUACUUUUGAGGCCUUGUAAUGAUAAUGAUAUAAUAGACUAUAUUCCUUCAUUGUAUAGUGUAUAAUAUACAGAUCAAGAUAUGUAUGUAAUAAAAAUUGAAAAGUACUCAAUUGCUUAAGAUUUAACUUCACCCAAAGUGUGCUAAUGUGUGACCAUUUUAAGGGAUUGUCUGAGAUUCCAUUCCUGUCCAUGGGCUGUGUCUGGUAUUGUUGCUGAGUUCCUUUUAUUUACCUUUUUACUUUUUAAAUAUUUUUUAUAAACAUAAAAUCACUUUAGGAAAAAGACAGACUUCGGUUUAUGAAUAUGCCUAUGAAUCCAUUAUUAGCCCAACAUAUUGUACAAUGCUGGACAUGUCUUGAGUUUCAUAGAAAGUCAUCCCUACUUACAUUUUUGAAGAAACUCUCUCACCAACAUUGUAUCCUCUAGUCCAUUACUAAAUGACAUUAUGUAAAUAGAAAUGAAACUUUUUUUUUUAUACCAUUCCCUAUAUUGAGGAGAUUUCACAUGGGACAGCCAAGAACCGUAAAUGGAUUUCUCCUCAAUAAUGGCAUCGGAAAGAAAAAAAAGUGUACAUAAUGUCAAAUAAUAAUAGACAAAAGGAUUGAAACGAUAAUGGGACUGAUUCUUUAAUAUUACAGAUAAUGUUUUCAUGCCAUUCAAUAGUUGUAGCAUCUUUUUCAAUCUUAAAAUAUAAGCCAGCUAAACAGUAGUACUCACUUUCUAUGGAUACUUUGUAUAAUACAAUAUUACUAAUUUACAUGCCUGGUACUUGCACCAGCCACAUGACUAUAGUAGCAGAUGGGGAUCUUUUCGAUGGAUUCAUAGCACUAAAGCAUUGUAUACCGCAGACCUCACUUCCUUUGUGUUUGAAGGGUUUCUAAAAACAUUCAUUUACAGUAGUUUGGUAAAUGUGGUGCUCCAGUUGUUGUAAACCUACACUCUAAGCCUUUUAAAGGGGUACUCCACUGCCCCAGCGUUCGGAACAUUUAGUUCCGAAAGCUGGGCGCGGACUGC